CACAUCUGGUGUUAGCAAGCCACGGGUGGCAGAUGGGUAGAUCUCUUCGGGAGACGGUCUGAUUCGAUGGCGAUCAGGCGGUCACCGGUUCGGCGGGUACUCUUUUGCUAUCAGCUAGCAAAACUCGGCAGCCCUAUGCUUUCAGGAGAUGACACCAGAAGUGGCACGAAGGGACGGUGGAAUCGUGCCAUUUGCUUUGAUAGAGGGAUUGCACAAUAGAAGAAAGCCCAAAGCUGAAGAACGGCAAAACCAUGCAGACACGGGCACUGCCAUCCAUCAUCAGGCGCGCGCAAGGAGAGGCAGACACGACAGCUUUGGGUGCUGUUCCAUGGACCAAGCAGCCAACGAGAUCCAGACACCUCCAGAUGAAAAACUAGCGGGGUCAUGCCCAACUUGAAGUCUGAGUUUGCUUGUGUCCACCGUUCCACCGUUCCACAGUUCCACUUGGAGCCUGCUAAAAACAACUGGGCAGUGGGCUUGGGAUAGUGAGUAAUUGGCAGGGGUCACUUGGUGACGAACCGCAUUGGUAAUACGAAAUAUCAUCGAGCAUCCAUAUUGCAAAAGACUGGGCAGCUAGGCUCUGUGCUGUAACUGAGAAUCUUAAAGCUAUUAAAACUUUGCCUGUUUCCAUUUUUCCUUUUCCCUUCUGUUACUCCCGAAGAUCCCCUUUGUCGGACAACCCCUUGCGCUUUAUCCCCACCUUGUUUGAUAGGCCCUCCCCUUACCUACAAGGCAACUUGAAACGAACUGCCUAUCACUAGACCACCAAGCGCCCAAGAAACACCUGCCCACUCCCCAAUCCUGCUCAAACACCAACUGCAGCUAUCUCCACGACCCAAUUCACCCAGAGAAGAGAAGGAGAACACAAUCAUGGGGAAACCAAGACUUAUCAUCCUUAUCAGACACGCCCAGUCGGAGGGCAACAAGAACCGCGACAUCCACCAGACCAUUCCCGAUCACAGAGUCAAGCUCACGCAAGAAGGAUGGCAACAAGCCUACGAAGCCGGCCGGAGACUCAAGGGCCUGCUGCGGCCCGACGACACUCUUCAGUUCUUCACCAGCCCCUACAGACGGACAAGAGAGACGACAGAAGGCAUCCUCGCCACCUUGACGGACAACCAGCCAGAAGACAGCAACUUCAACAGGAACAGGAUCAAGGUCUAUGAGGAGCCAAGGCUGCGCGAGCAAGAUUUUGGCAACUUCCAGCCAUGCAGCGCCGAGAUGGAAAGGAUGUGGCAGGAGCGUGCCGACUAUGGUCACUUUUUCUACAGAAUUCCAAACGGCGAGAGUGCGGCGGAUGCCUACGAUCGUGUCAGUGGUUUCAACGAGAGUUUGUGGAGACAGUUUGGGGAUGACGACUUUCCCAGUGUCUGCGUAUUAGUCACUCAUGGUCUCAUGUCUCGUGUCUUCCUCAUGAAGUGGUACCAUUUCAGUGUCGAGUACUUUGAGGAUCUCCGCAACGUGAACCACUGCGAGUUCCUCACCAUGAGGCAGGACAUGAACACGGGCAAAUACAUCCUAGAAAACAAGCUACGGACAUGGUCCGAUCUCAAAAAACAAAACGCGCUGGAAGCGGUGGCCAGAGAAAAGGAAGCCGAGGCAAAGGACAAGGAGAAGGCGGAGACCGGAAAGGAGAAUGGAAAGAGUAAGGACAGUUCGAAACUUGCUCGCACCGGCUCAGUGGUUGAGAUUCGACGUCGCUGGGGAGGCUGUCCCAACGGCUGCAACCACGACAAGAAUUUCAAGAUCCGCCAGACGCUGGCUGACUUGGUCAAGAACGAUCAUAUCAUCUCUAACCAGGCUGUCGGCCUGGCUGGAAGUGAAAACAGCAGCGGUAGCAACAGCAACAGCAACACGAGCGGGAGCAACGUGACAGCCGUCAAGAACGGCACCGCCUCUCCCCUCGAUGCAGCUGCCGCUCUUGCUCCCCCUGCUGAAACGAACAACUCUGCUUCUUCCACCUCCUCGACGACCAACAGCAACAACAACACGACAACCUCUUCGACCUUCGGCCUCACCAACCCUUCAUUCAACGGCACGGCCAACAGCACAACACUAGUGAGUCGACGGCCGGCAGGCAAAAAGAUUUUCUGGUCUCAGUCAUCAACCACGCUUUGCGCAGACGGCAGCCCUAACCCCUCUUUUGACAUCUCUAUCACGGGUCCCAAAAUCGACAUCAGCAAGGCCCGAGAUGAGGUGGUUUCUAGUCCAGACGGUACGCCGUCUUUUAUCUCUGUCGACGACCGAUUACGUGGCCAGCUCAAGAGCCCCAGCCUACCGCCCCAUCUCAGCAACAACAACAGCAACAGCAGCAGCAACCAUCAAACUUCUGCCCAUGGGGGCGCGGUACAGCAGCUUUAUGUCGGAAGGGACUUUGGCGGGACGUACAGCGGGCAUAACAGCGUCGCCAGCGGGGAUGACGCUGACUCGUCAGAGGACGAGCGCCACAGACAUACUCACCACCACUCACAUACACAUGAUUAUCUCAAGCCUGCUUCUCAUCGUGCUGUCUUUCUCACUGGGCCUGGCAGCAAGAGAGAUAACAGCCGGAUGGGAAGGGGUAUGAGGGCUAACAGGUUGGGAGACUGCCACAGUGAUGCUGGGCAUAGCAGUGAUGGAGAGCACGAGGCAGAUGGGGAGCAUGAGACUCCAGAUGAGGAUGAGGAUGAGAGUGGGAGCAACGCUGAUGGGUUGGAGUUGGCGAGGACGUUAACGGAGAAGGCGGAUGAGGCAUUGAUGAGAGCUGAGAUGGAGGAUAAGAGUAUACAGGGGAGUGUUUACUGAUAUUUUGGACUGUCGUUUUUUGGUUUCUCUUUGUUUUAAAUAGCCGGCGAGCGUUUGUCACUCUUCUUUCUUGGUGUGGAUGCAUUUUUGCUUUUUAUUAUGGGGCAUAUGGGAUUGGGAAAAGUGGGGCACCAAAAAGAAUGGACUUGCGCAUACAACACGCACACGCACACACGUGGAAGACUUUUGUUUUGUUUUGGAGAGGAUAUCUGUUCUUUAGGGGGUAUGUAAUAAGAUUGAGAAUGGAGGAAUGAUACCUUUCUGUUUUUUGGUAGUUCAAGUUGAGCAUUUCGUUGGGUUGUAUCAUGGGUAGUU